UCAGUGUAUUCGUGCAUUAACUGAGUAAGCCUUCUUACAGAUCCCGCAUCUCACGGCUAGUCUUAUAAUGUUAUGACAAUUCGUUAUGCGCGUAAUACCUGUUUGAUGGACAGUGAAGCUCUUCAUAACACAGGGCAAGGCUGAUUGUCUACACUUGAUUUCUCUGGGAUUUACCGGCGGCCUCAUUUCGCAUUCGGGCACAGGCACAUUUCGGCUACUCAAACAAAAAUUCAAUUUUCUGCAGGAGACCUGCGUGGCACUCCAUGUAUCGUGGGAGACUCGUUUCUAGGUAUUAUCUUGUCUUGGCGUGGUAUUUGAACACAAGGAAUAAACAAACUAUAGCCGUCGGCUCACGUGGCAGUGCAUCUUACGUGUUAUCCCAGUUAAUUACCUGAGUUCUUCCCCUCAGCGUCAGUCGUGCUCGUCACUAUUCACACUUUGGUAUGGAGGAUAUAGAGGUGUCUCCACGGUGUCAUGCAAGUCACCAAGUAAUCUCAGUAUCUUUGUCCCUAACCACGCUCAAGGGACGCGUGACUGGUCCACAGUAGUCCAUCCCAUCAUCCAGUAUUUCAUUCUUUGCGUCAACUGCCAUCACCCCGUCUGUUUACACCCAGGUUUAACCUCCCCCUCUGGAUUUUGUUGUUAUUCCUCCUUGUCAUUUUCAUCAUCGUCUCGUGGAUUAACUCCGUGGGUCUUACAGUGGCGGCGCCCGGUCCGGGGGGAGUCCCUAUAAAACCCGCCUCACCCUGAGCCAACAGAUAUGGGUGACGCUGGCUUCAUUGCAGGCGUGGUGAUCGGCUCUGCUGCUGCUUUUGGUUUCGUAGCUGCCUGCUUAUACUCAGCCUACAAGGCUAUCAGGGACCAUAAACGUAUCGCCGAGAAACAGGCACAGAGACGAGAGCAGCAGCUGCUAGCCAUCAGCGAGCAGACGGCGGGUGUGCCACCACCGGACAUCGAGGAACCACCCAACAGGACCUCGCGCUCUCUCAGUACCCCAGGACUCUUGCUGGAACAGCGGCGGCCCUCUGCCUUCGCGCCUCCCCCACAAGCCAUGGAGAGACGCUGGACCCGUGCAGGACUGGAAUACCGCCACGAGGGAGGGGUGGUUCACAUCCAUAAAACGGACGACCCCGACGGUGGUGACCCAUCUGCUGGCGAAAGUACCGAGGAUUGUAUCAUGGAUUCAAACAUUCCUUACAAGCGGCACAUCGAUAGUAGUGAGCCACCCACAUCCUCACCCCGGGGUAAAACCACCCCGGGUACUAAGGCCAAGAAGCUUCCUGCUGUCCCGCCCCCUCAAGUCCAGAUUCAAGUGUCGUUGACCCCACAGAGCGACGCCAACGGUGACACUACGCAAGUCGAGGAGGUGACCGUUACACCCAAGCCCGUGUCUGUACGCACCUCUGGGGAUGGGUCACGGACUCAAACUGUCACAGAGAUAUCGAGUAACGAAGCCGGUGGUAACGCGGGGAAAGUCAAGAAUGCAGCCGACUGGGUUUAAUGUUGGAAAAGUUUGCUCGGUCGAAUAGAUUUCGCAAAUUCCCAGACUACGAAAAAGUUUGUGUGGAGUCACGUCACGUUAAUCUUGCUGGAAACAACAACUUGAUGUCGUGUGGGCUUACUGACUGACUCCAAACAAGCUUAUACUCGUUAUAAGCUCGUUGGGACAGGCCACGUGUCGUAGAUCAAGGGAAUGGACCGUCAUCAAGGGAAUCGUUCAGCGCCAAAUGUUUCUGUCAGAAUCCGACCGUUGACAACGGAAAAAAGCUGCCAAGAGUGGUAACUUUGCGCUAUCCGAUAGGCCCAAGGAAGAAUAUAUAUCAAUCAAACAUUUUCGUGUGAAAAAGAAUGGUUAUCAAAGAGACGUAAGCCUUAACAAGAAGUGGCUUAAAGACAGUUUAACCCUUACCAAAACGUAGUUUCUCUUUCUGAUUGCAUUAUACAAUUGUCUGUCAACAAGUUAUAAAUGUACAUAUGCAUUCCACCAAUUCAAUACUUGUUGUUGGUAGCACUUGUAGGGGAAAUUAAUGACAUCUAUCAUCGUGCGUCAAUGUUCAAAUGUCAACAAAAUAUCAUUGUGCUUUUCUGCCAACGUGCUUUUCAAACCAUCUGCUUCAAUAGGGGAAUAAAACUAAUGUGUGCUUGGGAGGUUUUAAACACUCUGUUUAAGACCGGUUGGAGUUUGGAUGCUGAAAAUUACC